GAGCUUCGAUUCGAAACCUGGGAGAUUGCACUGCAUCAUGAACGUCGGUACCGCGUUAUUCUUGUUCGUAAUGGCGAUAUCGUACCGCUUAAAUAUCUCAUUAGCCCUUUCUUGUCUGUCAAUAGGGAAAGCCGGUACUUUGCUCUCAAGACCUACCCCCUCCCAGUACGAGUGCGUCUCCCCCGGGCUCAAACAAUCGUGGGUGUGGUUAUGCCAGACCCCCCUCCUCCAGAGACUCUUUCUGAUGGGGAGGGCUCGUUAAGAUGCCUCAUGGGCGCACUGGACGCAGAUGCAACCGAGCCUAGUGCAACUAUCCACAUCAGCCUGGAGCACGAUGCCUUCAUCCUUGACCCGAAUCCUUCGCCCUUCAAAGGCGGACGGGGUAUCAGACAACCGGCCGCAGGCUUAAACUGGACAUACGGCACCAUCGAACUCACGGUUCAUCAUUGGCACACAGGACCAUGCGUACAGCGGAUAUCUAUCAGCCGAGCCCUCCUUCCUCCAAGGCAUCUCCGGGGAACGUCCACAUUCCAGGGUCUAAUCCGCUGCUCCAGUCCGGACUACAAGGCCAUAUAUCACUACCAAACGCUAGAUAUCGACAUAUCCGCAGAUUUCUUUGAGGCUGCCCUUCCGGAACUGAUGAAACUCUGUGUAGAGUCGGGAGUCCAACUCCUUCCUCUGCACCGCCAGAACUGGACCGUGAGCAUCGAGAGUUCGUGCAAUGGUUAUGCAACGGUGCUCGAGACAGCAGAUGCCCGCCCCGAAUAUCCCGCUCGAGUGCACGAAGCGAACAAGAAGAUGGAGGAUAUUAUAAUCGGAUGGUCGGGGCGCACAUUCUUGUCCCGUUCCCUGUGAAGUACGUCAAGUACGUAACUACGACAGGGCUGGGGCACCGAGUAAUAAUCGCCUAGCUCAUCUGCUUGGAUGCAGACAAGGCGCUACCAAAUGGAUCAGAGGAACGCAGUAAUACGUUUACGGGGUAGGAUAAGGAUGGACGGGCCCCCUUCGUCGCGCUCAUGACAACG